AUGAGGAGCGCUCGCGGGCUCUUAACUCGGUCCUGGACCUGCGUUCAGUGCAGAGCUCAUUCGACCUCCGCAGGCACAUCGCGCAAGCUGAAGAACAACGUGCCCGAUGCCCCUGCGCGUACGCGGUUCGCGCCCUCACCCACCGGUUACCUCCAUCUAGGAUCACUGCGGACGGCGUUAUUUAACUACCUGCUCGCGAAACGGACUGGAGGCCAGUUCUUGCUUCGCAUUGAAGAUACCGAUCAAAAACGGACGAUUCCGGACGCCGAACAGAGACUAUACGACGAUCUGCGAUGGGCGGGACUCCAUUGGGACGAAGGCCCUGUGGUCGGAGGUCCAUAUGGCCCUUAUAGACAAUCCGAACGAAAAGCCCUAUACCAUACACACGUGAAUGAACUCAUCGCGAACGGCCAUGCGUACCGAUGUUUUUGUUCGUCCGAGCGCCUCGAUGCCCAUGCACGCCACCGAAGUCAAGCCGGUCUUCCCCCCGGAUACGACAGGAAGUGCGCGGAUAUCCCCGUCGAACAAUCAGAAGACUUGGCGUCAAAGGGAGAGAAAUACGUGGUUCGACUGAAGGUAAAUGGAUACCCUAUGUUCCAUGAUCUGGUCUACGGCAAGACAGGCCAGAACAAGCCGAAUGCCAACAAGAUGGACUUCAUCGAUCGUGUCUACGACGAUCCUAUUCUGCUCAAGUCGGACGGCCACCCGACGUACCAUUUAGCGAAUGUGGUGGAUGAUCAUUGCAUGAAAAUCACCCACGUCAUUCGAGGAACAGAAUGGAUGCCAUCGACUCCAAUGCAUAUGGCCUUGUAUAAUGCGUUCAAGUGGGAGCCCCCCCAAUUCGGCCACGUUCCUCUCCUCGUCGACAAGUCCGGGCAGAAACUGAGCAAGCGCAACAUGGACAUCGAUCUAUCAUCAUUCAAGGACCAGCAGGGAAUUUUCGCGGAAACUUUGACGAACUUUGCCGCGCUUUUGGGCUGGUCUCAUGCUCAGAAGUCAGAUGUGUUCAAUCUUGAGGAGCUCGAGAAAAUCUUCAACCUCAAGAUAACCCGCGGAAACACUGUCGUCGCCUUUGAAAAGCUUUGGUUCCUCCAAAAGGCCCACGCCCAACGCUUCGCAGCAAGCGGAGGCCCUCAGUUCGACGAAAUGGUCAAGCGUGUCGCUGCGCGCGUCCAAGAAACUUACUCCAAUGAGGCUCUCUCCCCACUCCUCAAGGGCCGCAGUAUCACCGAGUACGUCGCGCCCCUGCUCCGUGCGGAUGCAAAGACAUAUACAACCGCGGAGGAAUUCCUUCAGCGCAACGCUACCUUCUUUACCACGGGUCUGAAUCGGGCUCCCUAUACACCUGCAACACCCCAAUCAGAAGGCCCGACCGUCCCAAUGCGCGCGCUGCACACGGCAGCAGCAGCCCUUACUCUCGUCCCAGACGCGCACUGGAAUAUCGAGAUGCACCGCUCAAACAUCAAUUCGUAUGAUGGUUCUGGCGCAGUCGAAGUUGCCGAGGGAGAUGUCUCCGGUGUCAAAACAGACAAGAUUUUCAAGAAGGAAUUAUACCACUACCUUCGCUGGGCCUUGUCUGCCUCGGCGCCAGGGCCGGGGAUCCCAGAAAUAAUGACCAUCCUUGGCAGAGAUGAGACGGUUCGCAGGAUACAAGAGGCGAAGGAGCUAACGAAAGACUUGGUUCCGUCUGUUGGGCGGCGCGUCCCGAAGACAGGAAUGGGCGAGGAUCGGAGUUGGAUGGGAUCUCUUGCGGGUGGGAAAUGA